GUUAAUGAUGUAAACAACGGUCAGCCAUUCUGGGGAUUGACCAAAGUACACCGCCAAUCACACCACAAACCCACAAUCAGGGACCUGCACAACGUCUUCGACGAGCAAGUGUGCUGCAAAACCCCAGCUUUGACUGUUCAACUGCAGAUUAGGCGCAAAACAUGACCUCUGUUCCGUCUUAUCUUCGCAUGGUCCGCACAUUCUUCGCUAGCCAUGGAGUCGUUUCGCACAUCUCUGUCGCAUACAUAGGGGCCUUCCCCGGAUUCCCAUGGGUUCGACUGGUACGUGCUUUUCCAUUAACCAUGGCCCGACUGGCUACGUUAUCGGCGCAGCCUAGCACCCAGGUAUAUACCACGAUUUCGCACAAUGCUGCAAAUUCAGGCCUUUGCAGCUUUGAGCAGGGCUCAUCAUGGCGGUUGAGGUUGCCCAGAGCCUAUCCCAGGUGAAGAAAGAUGGAAGAUGGCAGUCUUUCAGACACAACACUGCUCCAAGCAUCAGUUCAAGCCCUCCUGGCUCGAUUCCUCCACGGCGGUCCUCCCUCAGGACGUUUAGAGGGAGGAGGCCGUUGGCUCCAAUUCAAGAGUACAAGGCGAGCCCCAUUACGACUCGUAGCACAGGCAGCCUCGAGGAUUUAAUACGUACUUACCACCCGACGUCUUGGAAGUCAUCAUCAGAACGGCUCGUCCUAAUCUCGGAGAGUCCCCAGCUGCAACAGAUUCAAUCCGUGAGCUUGAGCUUCUCAGAAGAAUCGUGGAGGUAUGAACCUGCACCAAAACUGUACAGGACUCACAGCCAAUGGACCAGACCACCGCCAGCUGCGUACGUCCCGAGCGGCAUUCCCGCGUUCGAGAGUUCUACGUCUCUCCAAUACCAAUAUACACCUAAUUCAGAGCCUACGCUGUCUCCAGAGACAGCUGUCACCCCGGUUCUUGACGAGCAGGACUCUUCAGAACACGAAACAGAAAUUUUGUCUGUCGGACCAGAUCUGCCACGCGAGGACAUCGCCGAGCUCUUCCACAGAGCUGAAGAGUACUAUCGAGGACACCCGGAAGUUGUGAGAGAAUCUGGCAAAGUCUGGGUCCGUGUUAACUCGGUCAGCCAUGGCCUGAGCAAGACCUUGAAGACAAUGGGUUCGCUGCGUAAGAAGAAGCCGUCGUGCGAAGCACGACUCGGCCGUACUAUCCCUGUGUACUCGCGGCUCAAAUGUUACGAAAAGCCAGGACGAGUGAAGAGGAUGAAGAUUGUGCUACAGGACUGCUGGAGAAAAUUCAGGAACUGGUCUACGGGCAGGGACACCGCGCUUCAGGCCAGACAGCUCGCCCCUGCGACCGCCCACCCGAUGAUGAAUAUCUCAGUCGCGUCACUCAAUACGACGCCUACGCGCGAUACCAGGCCGCAGAUGGGACACAGGAGGCUCUCGAGAGCCCCAAAGCUGGAAGGGUGGGAGGCUGUGGCGUAUCGUGGACAUACGAGGAAUGAUAGCAAGCACUCGACGUACGACGAACCGUUGAAGAGGCGUAGAUCCAGCUUGUUCCUGGACAUCUACUCAACGGAUGGCUCUGUCGCCGGUUGAUGUAGUUCUUUACAUUCUUUGUAUCAGCCGGCGGAUUGUCGCAGCAAGUCAGGGUUGUCCGUUUGAUUUGACGGGGCGGUAUUGCCUAGAUAGCAAAGCUCUACUACGGCCAUUGAGCCAAUGCUCGCUAACUUCCAGAAACCACUGGAAGUUCGUCAGCUCUUGAUGAUCGUUGUAAUGCGAUCGUGUCAGACCAUCAGAGCUGAGAAGCUUGCUUGAAGCCAAUGACGUACCCACUCAGCUCCACAUUAAAGCUGAUCUCAACCUCAACUUGAUCGUCAAUUGAAUCUGAGACUACACACUCACUGUACUCGCACCGUGAGCACCGACGGAUAAAUCCACAAUACAGGGUAACGACCCUCGGCGCGAAUACCGACCUCGGUUUUCUCUUCCUCGGACGCCUCGCCAAAGCCCCUCCGGCAUACCCAAAGAAGCAACCUCCGCACCGUGGCGUUCCCC